AUGCCUUCUCAGCAAAAAGCACUCUACCUCGAGUCCAAAGGAGGACAACUUGUUGUGAACUUCACCGAGGUCCCCACACCUGGACCUGGGGAGCUGCUCGUCAAGGUCGAAGCUGCGGCGCUGAACCCGAUCGAUUGGCAAGUCCAGACCUUGGGUGUCUUCAUCGAGAGGUAUCCGUGCAUUCUCGGCAUCGACGGUGCCGGCACCGUCGUCCAAUUAGGCGCAGGUGUGACGUCGUUUGUCGUGGGUGAUCGAAUUGCAUUCCAAGGGGCCCUCGAUCCCGUACAGAAGUCCCUCAACGGGACAUUCUCUCAGUAUACCACAACCGCCGCUCAUCUUGCUGCGAAGAUACCCGCGAACAUCCAAUUGGAUCGUGCUGCAAGUAUCCCCGUCGCCUUACCUACUGCAGCUCUCGUUUUGUACAACGAAGACCCUUCCACGCAGUCCGUCAGGCUCACGCCGCCGUGGGUCGAGGGCGGCCGCGGCAAGUAUUACAGCAAGUCCGCCCUCAUCCUUGGAGGAUCCUCUUCCAUUGGACAAUACGUGAUCCAGCUCGCACGUCUCUCGGGGUUUUCCCCUAUCAUCGCAACCGCUUCUCCGCACAACCGCGAGUACCUGGAGUCUCUGGGUGCGACUUCCGUGAUCGAUCGCAUCCUGCCCUCGGCACAACUCCAGGUGGAGGCGACGAAGCUGGCGGACGGGCUCUUCGACCUCGUCUACGACGCUGUAUCACUCCCUGACACGCUCCCUCUCGCGAACGCCCUCACGGCACCCGAAGGUGACCUUGUUGUCGUCUCUCCUUCGGGACUCCCCCAGAGCGACGAGACGUCCAAAAAGGUGCACCUUGCCAGGGGUCUUCUUGCCACUCCUACCAAUCGUGUAGUGGGUGCAAGCUUGCUUGCGAACAUUCCCAAUCUAUUCGAAGGCGGGGAUAUCGAACCCAAUCGUAUCGAGAUACUCUCCGGAGGCUUAUCCGCCGUCGCUUUUGGACUGGAACGUCUGAAGAGUAAGCAAGUCAGCGGAACGAAGCUCGUGGUGUUGCCUCAAGAGACGAUUUGAACCCACGGAUAUGCUCGGGUUCAGGACAUCUCGUCCAGCUUCUCAACCAGUGAUCUCCGGUUGGUACCUCGUGUAACUGUCGCACGUAUUUGUUGUAGACUAUUAAAUUGGCUCGUG